AUGACAUCGCAAGGCCAAAGUCUGAAUUCCACUUUAGAUGAUAACUGUCAAGGGAACUUUCGAGGGACACUUCUGACUAUUGAUUCGUACCUGGGGGAUCAAGACGUGGAGCGCCUGAAGUUCCUCUGCCGAGACUCCAUCGCCCCCAAGAACCUGGAGAAGUGCGGCUCAGCCUUGGAUAUCUUUGAGUACCUGUUGGCAGAGGAACGGCUGAGUGAGGAAGACCCCUUCUUCCUAGCGGAGCUCCUCUACACCAUCAAGCAGAAGGUCCUCCUUCGGCACCUCCACUACACCAAGGAGCAGGUGGAGAACUGCCUGCCUUUCCGCCGGAAGGUCUCUCUGUUCAGAAACCUGCUCUAUGAACUGUCAGAAGACAUCAGCUCAGAGAACUUAAAGAGCAUGAUCUUCCUUCUGAGGGAGUCGGUUCCGAAAGUCCAGAUGACCUCUCUCAGUUUCCUGGCAUAUCUGGAGAAACAAGAGAAAAUAGAUGAAGAUAAUCUGACAUUACUGGAGGAUCUCUGCAAAAAAAUUGUACCUAAUCUUAUGAGAAAGAUAGACAAAUAUAAAAGAGAGAAAGCCUCCCAGGUAGGGGCACCUCCUGUAGCCAAGGAAACUGAGUCAUUGCAUCAAGGAGAGGAAGAACUAUUUUGCCGCUCGGACAUUAACCAAUUGCUUGGAGCCUUGCCGGAGGUGUCCUGGCGAGAUGAGCAUGCACAGAGUAAUGGUGACAGAGCAACCCCGGUCUCCGUGGAGAUGUUGGGAGCAUCUGUUGACACUCUAACUUCUGAAACCAGCACAAAGGAGACAGCUGUGUACAGGAUGGAUCGGAAACACAGAGGGUAUUGUGUUGUUGUCAAUAAUCACAGUUUUACCUCACUGUCAAAAAGACCAGGGACCAAUAAAGAUGCUGAGUGCCUGAGGCGCGUGUUUCAGUGGCUUGGGUUCAGCGUGCAUAUUUAUGUCAAUGUGACUAAAGACCACCUAGAGCAGGUUCUGCAGUAUUUUCAGACUCAUCCAGGCCAUGCUGAUGGAGACUGCUUUGUGUUCUGUGUUCUGACCCAUGGGAAAUUUGGAGCCGUCUACUCUUCUGAUGGGAACCUCAUUCCCAUCCGGCAGAUCAUGUCUCACUUCACGGCUCAGCAGUGUCCUGCUCUGGCUCACAAACCCAAACUCUUUUUCAUCCAGGCCUGUCAAGGUGAAGAAAUACAACCUUCCGUAUCCAUUGAAGCAGAUGCAGUAAAUCCUGAGCACGUGCCCCCUUCCCUUCAAGACAGUGUUCCCGUUGAGGCGGAUUUCCUUCUUGGCCUGGCCACUGUCCCCGGCUACGUGUCCUUUCGGCACGUGGAGGAAGGUAGCUGGUAUAUCCAAUCUCUGUAUAAUCAUCUGAAGGACUUGGUCCCAAGACGGGAAGAUAUCUUAUCCAUUCUCACUGCUGUCAACGAUGAUGUGAGUCGACAAGCGGACAGACACGGAACAAAAAAACAGAUGCCUCAGCCUGCUUUCACACUACGUAAAAAAGUAGUAUUCCCUGUGCCACAGGAAGAACUUUUACUAUAGUAGAAAGUUUUGAUCGACGCUUAAACUUGAAAGAACCCUUUGGGCAUUGCUUCCAACCUCCCACCCGUCAUAGAAAUCAGUGACAGGUAGUGAGCUGGCCUCCGCCUGUCUUUCUAGUAGAAGAACAUGCCCUAUUUUCUGACACAAUAAAAUCUGUUUGUUUUUUUUGGAUAAGUCUAAA